AUGAAUGAAAAGCCCGAUGAAAAAUCUGAAUCUUUGAAGAAAGACACUCGUGUGCCUCCCGUGCAGGAUUUUCUUUCCAAACCUGAUUUGACUGCUUGUAAGAAUGGUGGGAAAAUAUUGUUUGCCACUGAUGAUGGAUUUGCAGUAGCAGAAAAUUUGUUGAAGGAAACAAAACCAGAAUGGCGUGAAGGAGUCUAUACAGAUUAUGGGAAAUGGAUGGAUGGAUGGGAAUCGAGACGUAAAAGAGUUGCUGGACAUGACUGGUGCAUCAUCAAACUAGGUAUUCCUGGUUGUAUCCAUGGAUUUGACGUGGAUACUUCUUACUUUGUUGGAAAUUAUCCUCCAAAGAUGUCGAUCCAGGCUGCUGUUUUGCCACUUGAACAAGAAGAAAAGUUACCGGUGCGACGAUCCCAUAUAGGAAAUCAAGCUUACUUGGAUGAAAUGGUAACAGUUAAUGCCAUGCAUUCAGAGCUCUGGGAAGAACUUGUCCCCAUGUCAGAACUUAAACCCGGAACUCCCGAGACGUGCCACAAUUAUUUCAAUUCGUUGAAUAUUAAAGACAGGUUCACUCAUAUUCGUUUCAACUUGUACCCUGACGGAGGUGUUGCCCGCCUUCAUGUUUAUGGAACACCAAAGUUUGAUUGGACUACUGUUCCUGCGUCUGAAGUGUGUAUUACUAGAGUGGAUUUGGUUGCGUUAGCUAAUGGUGGUGAGUGCAUGGGAUUUAGUGAUGCUCAUUUUGGAAAUCCCAAGAAUCUUAUAAGCCCUGGACGAGGUACCGGCAUGUAUGACGGAUGGGAAACCGCCAGACGGUUGGAUAGACCUUCCAUCCUUGAAGAGGACGUGAAUGGUCAUUUGCUUGUUACGGGGAAAGAGUGGGCUUGUUUUCGCCUUGGCCAUUCGGGUAUCGUCACUGCUGUUGAGGUUGAUACUCAUCAUUUUAAGUGCAACUUCCCUGAUUAUUGCCUUUUGGAGGGUUGCUAUGCUCCACCCGGCGAAGAGGAAAAAAUUAUGAAAAUGGAAGGGGAACCUUGGAAGACAAUACUUUCCAAUCAAAAACUCUUGCCAAAUAAACCCCACUAUUUUUCAGGAGCCUCUAUAAUUCACCCUCACGGCACUGUCAAUCUUAUUCGACUUAUUAUGGCCCCGGAUGGAGGCAUAAGUCGACUGCGGGUUUGGGGACAUAUCCGCUCAUAUAAUAAUGACGGAAGUGUUGGGUACUAA